AUGAACAACAAAAAAAACUUUCAAAAUUUGGCACUUCUGAGUGCUAUUUUUAGUUCCGUUUCACUAAUCACCAUCAUAUUUGUUGACGAUUCUAAUCAGUUAUGGAAAAAUAUGGAAACAUUCAAGGAAGACAAUAGUCUUCCAGUUUAUUCAGGAAGGUUUCGCCGAUCAGAAAGCUGUCUUUUAAACAAUAAAAACCUUUCAAAAUUGCAGAAAUUUUCCAGUUGCCCUCAGGGCCGAGCAGGGCCAUCUGGACCGCCUGGAGAAGAUGGAUCGCCAGGAGAAUCUGGCAAUCCUGGACUAGCAGGAGAUGAUGGUUUUGAUAUUGAACUGGCACCAGAAGACGAGGCACCUUGUGUGAUAUGUCCUGCUGGUCCACCCGGUGAAAGAGGAAUGCCUGGACUUCAGGGUCCAAAAGGCGCUCCUGGCCCACAAGGUGGACUUGGUAUAAAUGGUCCAGUCGGUGACCCCGGACCAGUUGGACCAUCUGGACCUCCAGGAUUGAUUGGCAGCCUAGGGCCAGAAGGAGAUUUCAUAAUAGCUGGAAUCGGCACGAAAGGUCCUAAAGGACCGCCAGGUCCUCCGGGACCUAAAGGACCAAUGGGCCUAAGGGGCAAGCCAUCUAAAGAAAUUGGUCUUCCGGGAGUACCAGGCGAAGCAGGGCCUAUUGGAGAGCCUGGAGCACUCGGGACAGAAGGAGAAAGCGGAGGGUGGGGACCUCCAGGAGAGCCAGGUCCAAAUUUAGAAUUUUGGUUUUUUUUGUUUUGCCCUCGCAAUUGUAUACGAAUCAAAACUUCCUAA